AUGGCCAGCGCGGACGAGCUCAAAGCUCUGGGCAACAAGGCUAUUGCGGACAAGAACUUUGAUGAUGCUAUUGAUCACUUUACCCAGGCCAUUGCCCUUCAGCCGGAAAACCACAUUCUGUACUCGAACCGUUCUGCAGCUUACGCCUCGAAGAAGGAUUGGGAUGCAGCUUUGAAAGAUGCCGAAAAGACGACCGAGAUCAAGCCGGACUGGCCUAAAGGCUGGGGCCGCAAGGGCGCCGCUCUCCACGGCCAGGGCGAUUUGCUCGGUGCCAACGAUGCCUACGUCGAGGGCCUGAAGCAUGAUGCUAACAAUGCUCAGCUGAAGAGCGGCCUGGCGUCCGUCGAGAAGGCCAUGCAGCAGGAGGCGGGUGGAUUCCCUGGGGCUGGUGGCGAUGAUCCAGGUGCUGGACUCGCGCGCAUGUUCAAUGACCCCCAGCUCUUGCAGAAGCUAGCCUCGAACUCCAAGACCAGCAGUUACCUGUCAGACCCCUCCUUUAUGGCCAAGCUGCAGCAACUGCAGAAGAACCCCCAGAUGACAACCGAAAUGUUUAGCGACCCCAGAAUGAUUCAAGUCCUCGGGGUCAUGAUGGGUGUUGACAUGGAAAUGAGAGACAGCGAUCCUCGUGAACAGGGCGACGUGAGCAUGCCGGAUGCUUCAGCCCAGGAAAGCAAGCCAUCGGCUACGAACAAGGCUCCAGAGCCGGAACCCGAAGUCCUGGACGAAGAGGCUCUCGAGAAGAAGAAGGCCAAGGAGGAGGCUGACAAGGAAAAGGCCCUCGGUACUGAGAACUACAAGAAACGUAAAUUUGACGAAGCUAUCGAACACUACGCCAAGGCUUGGGACACGUACAAGGAUAUUACGUAUCUCAACAACCUUGGUGCUGCUCAAUUUGAGAAGGGUGACUACGAUGCCUGUAUCGAGGCGUGCAACAAGGCCAUCGAGGAGGGCCGCGAAAUUUACGCCGAUUUCAAAGUUAUUGCCAAGAGUUAUGCUCGUAUCGGUUCGGCAUACGAGCGCAAGGGUGACUUGACCAAGUCGAUUGAGAACUACAACAAGUCUCUGACGGAGCACCGCACACCCGACGUUCUGAACAAGCUCCGGGCGGCUGAAAAGUCCAGGGCCGAGGCCGCCAAGACUGCCUAUAUCGAUCCUGCCAAGGCUGACGAGGCUCGCGAGGAUGGCAACAAAAAGUUCAAGGAGAGUGAUUUCCCCGGCGCCGUUGCUUCUUACACGGAAAUGAUUAAGCGUGCGCCUGAGGACCCUCGUGGCUACAGCAACCGUGCCGCGGCCUUUAUCAAGCUGUUUGAGUUCCCUAGUGCUCUGGACGACUGCGACAUGGCCAUCAAGAAUGAUGUUGCCUUUAUCCGUGCCUAUAUCCGCAAGGCACAGGCCUACUUUGGCAUGCGCAAGUACUCGGAGUGUGUUGACGCCUGCACGGAAGCUCUUGCGAUUGAUGCCGAGCACCACAAGGGGGCCAAUGCCCGCGAAAUCGAACAGCAGCAGCAGAAGGCGUUUUCUUCCAUGUACUCGGCGCGCGACAACGAGACGGAGGAGCAGACUCGUGCGAGACUGCAGAAGGACCCCGAGGUCAUGAGCCUAAUGCAAGAUCCUGUGAUGCAGUCGAUUCUGCAACAGGCUCAAUCCGACCCGAUGGCUCUGCAGGAGCACAUGCGCAACCCGAGCGUGCGCACCAAGAUUCAGAAGCUUAUUGCUGCUGGUGUAAUUCGUGUUGGACGGUAA